AUGGCGACGAUGGCCUCGUACUUCCUUCCCUCGUUUCUCACAGGCUGGGAGCUACCGUCGAUAUCGGCGGCCUAUUCGCUCUCCUCUGCCCUCCAGAGGAGAAUCCUCUCGUACCUCCUCAAGCGCACCCUCGGCCACCUCGUCAUCGGGGGCCAGCUCGACAUUGACCAGAUCGAUUCCGGCCUUGGGAGCGGCAAAGUAGAGAUCAGGAAUGUCGUGCUGGAUGCAGAGGCGAUCAACCGGCUGCUUCCGUCGUUGCCGCUGCGUCUGAGACGCGGUCAGAUUGGUGCAGUGCAGAUCAGGCUGCCGCUACCGAACCUCUGGAGCGGCGAGCUCAGCCUCACGCUCUCGGAAAUCGCCAUCGAGACUGAGCUGGCGGAAGCCUCGACAGCUGCUGACAGCGCUUCCGCGAUCCAAGAGGCGCUGGCCAACUCGUUUCUGUCCGCAGCCAGCGAGGUCCUCGAAAGGGACGAGGAAGGGCGGGCGAUCGAAGAGUCGAUCCACCAAUCGCUCCUCGCUGAAGAUGGCAGCCUCGAUGCUGCGCAGCGCGAGGAGGCCGAGGCUGGCUCGAUCGUUUCCACAUUUGUCGAGUCGCUGCUGUCACGGCUGAAGGUCAGCCUCUGCGCCAUCCGUAUCGAUAUCGUGGCAGGACAUACCUUCACGCUCAAGGCUGCCAGCAUCGCCGUCGAGAGCAAGACGGCCGAAGGCUCGGCCGAGGACGAGGGCGGCGAAGGCACAUCGCCUGGCGGGACGUGGGCGGAGGUGAUCAGGGUUGCAACCAUCACCGGCGCAGAGAUCGAGGUCUCGAAUGACCCAGUGCCCCCCUCACCUGCGCGGAACGAGGAAGGGCCGGUCGUGGGCGAAAACUCUGCGCUCCAAGCUGCGGCGUCGCCCUUCCCUGCCCCUGCCACCCGGACCGUGCCCGGCGGCUUUGCGCAGCACGACGAUGAUGCCACAGACAUAUCAGCGUCCCUGCUGUCCGAGGCGGCAUCCAGCAUGUACGAGAGCGCUCUGGACAACGAUGGUCAGCCAAGCUCAACGGCGCCAACAGAGGCGGCUCCACACCAGGGUGAGGCACCAGAGCUCGACCCAAAGCCGCGGUUCGAUCCGCUGCUCUUCUCCGCAGGGACCGAACCCAUCGUCUUGACGUUGAAGGCACGCAAGGAGAGGCCAGCAAGCAUCGAGAACAGCCGUCGGCGACCUUCGCGCCCGCCAAAGUCGAGCAUCAGCGUCGAGGUCACGCUUGCCGAUCCUGCCCUGGCGAUACAUCCAGCGCAGAUCUGCGCGCUACUGCGGGCCGCUGAGCUCUGGGACGCUUACGCGAGGCACUCUACCCGCAGCGGUCGAUCUACUGGUCCCACCGCAACUCCCCCUCCGGCCAAGGAUGCAGGUAUCGAUAUCAAGCUGGGCGCCAAAUCGCUCAACGUCGUCCUCCUGUACGAGAGCCUCGAGGAUAUGCAGGACCAAGAUCGGGCCCUCGCGCUGGCGAGCCUCAAGACGUUCUGGGUGCGCCCUACGCGGCCGCAUCCCAGCAUCGGGCAUCUGCGCAUCAGGAUUGACGAGGUGCAAGCGGCCUACAGCGCAAAGACAGGAUCCACGGCGUCGUCAGCGUCUAUGAACUUGACGGUUGCGGACGUGGGCAUCUUCGAGCAUUUGCCGCCGUCCCUGAUCGAACUGCUAGACCCCACGGCUUCCCGAGUGCUGCCCAUUUUGAUUCUGGACCCGAACAUGGCCAAGACCAGCGACGGCUCCAGUCACGGCCGCGCCAUUGGCGCGCAGCCGUCCGCGGGCUCGAGCAGCUUGCCGCUCCUCGGACCAGACGUUGAGUCGGUGGACUGGAGGGCACCAUCUCAGACCAGCCAGCAGCCUGCUUCAGGUGCCGGCCGCGGUGCGCGCUUUGCCGCCGCAGAGGACCGCCGCGGGUCGGCCACCCACGCGGCCAAUCCGUAUCUCAAGACGAACUACGGAGAGCGGGGAUGGAAGGUUCGCCCCAGCCACCACCGCAGCAACUCCAGCGCCUCUUUGGACGCUGGUGACGGUCGCGCCGCGUAUGGCAUCGAUGCCUCUGUGAUGUUGUCCGCGCCAAACAACAGUCGGCGAGUCCGUGUGUCCAUCGCGCCUGUCCAUGUCUUCCUCGACGUCUCGCUGGUGACGCGGUUGCUCCCCGCUUUCCAAGACGUUGCAAAAGCCCUGGAGCCGUCUCGGGCCGACCUCUCUGCCACGGUCGAUCUCGAAACGUCCACGGCCACGAUUUCCGGCCAGCCGUCCGAUGGUCCUGUUCGGAGGCAAGGCCUGCUGGAUGAUCUCGACGACGACCACAGCCAAAUAUCCGCCUCCACGACCAGCAUCGUGACCGACGCUAUACGGCUCGAGGUCCGGGUCCCGAGGUGCAGUCCCGGCAAGGCCGAAAGCAAGGACGCAUUCAGCCUCCGACAAGAGCGCAGGCUAGGCCUCGAGACGCGGAGCGGCCUGUUCAUCGUCGAGCUGAGAGAUAUCGCCGCCUCGCUCGGGCCAGAGGACGCGGGAGUGAGCCGCGGCGCGGGAGUGCGCUUCGCAUCGGGAGUGCCCGGUGCAGAGCACCGAGGCGGCAGCACCAGCGCUACGGGAAAGCUCUCAGUAUCACAGAUCGGCGUAUUCCACAAAGGCGCGGGACAAGCCUCGACGUCGGCAUUCGGAUGCAUCGGCAGCAUCGUGGACGCCGAGACGAGCCCGCUGGACCGCAACGACCCGCCACUGCGACCAGCGGUCCACUUCUUUGGCGGAUUCCCGUCUGGCACAUCUCCAACACGUCCGGAGAAGCAUCGCGUCGAGUGCAGGCUGCCCUCUAUCCAUGUCCGCCUCGACAAGCAGAUCAUCGACGCUGUGCAGUUCCUCGCCGACGACUUGACGCAGUGGCCCGCAGAAUGGGCCAAGAUGGGGCCCGACGACGCCGAAAGCCUGGACAGCGAGGGCCUCAAGAUCCUUGGAAGCAGGUUCUUCGGCACUCGGGCAGGCCUCUCGGUCAUGUCUUCCAGCACGGACUCGACUGCCACGAUCCGCAAGUCUGGCAGCGUCGCGGCGCUGAGCGUGUCGAUAUGUCAGGUCGACAUCCGCCUGCGGACCCCCGGCCGACCCGGCGAUGCUCAGACGCCCACCGGUGCUGGUCGAGAGCUCAAGCUGCUAGGCUCGGAGAUCGCCUGCAAAAUCGAGAACGACUGCUCUCCCAACUCUUCGACAGUCUCUGCAUCGGUGCUGACGUUCUCGUUGUCGUGCAUUCGCGACGACGAGGGGGCCGUGUCGAGCAGCGACGGGCCAAUCGUAGGGCGGACGACGGAACCGGGCCUCACCACCACCGUCAGACCGAUGCUGUCGCUCUCCAUCGAGUCGUUUGCGGAGCCUGGCACAAGCUAUCGCGAGUCUAGCAUCGACGCAGCGCUGUCGUUUGUCACCGUCCGGCCGCCCAUCGGCUCGGACCUGAUCGAGGACGUGCGCGCGCUGCUCAAGGCUCCAGAGGGCGUGUUUGAAAACGUCGAGCCCAACGAGGUCACCAGACUUGCCCUCAAGAUCCGCGAUUGCAGCCUCCUGGUCAGCGUGCCUGGCCAUCCCGCAAGGGCGGCCGCUUCGUUCGGCGACGUGUCGGUCAAGACAAAAAUCACCACCCACGCGCCCAAGACGGCGGUCAAGCUGGCGGCGGCGGAUAUCAACCUAUUUGCCAUCGACGACAUGUCCAGCUCUGAGCCGUCGAAGAGCCGCAACGCCCGCUCUGCGGCGGAGCACUGGCAUUCGUUGCGCUUCGCCCGCGUCCUGGCGCUGACCGAAUGCAAGGCUAGCAUCGCGCUCAACGCGCUGACGCGACCCGACGUCGAUGUCAAGGUCACCAAGCUGCGGUCCAAGUGUUACCUCUGCGCCGACACAGUCGCCGUCUUGGCAGGCCUGGUAGCCGCCGCCACCGCGGCGUCCGCGAAGGUGCCCGGGGGAAGCCAGGACGAGUCGAACCGGUCCAGGCGAACCGAUGCGGACAGUACACUCGGGGACCGCUCUACUUCUACCGACCAGGCUGGCAUCGACAUCUUCAACAGCCUGGACGAGGAUGCCUUCCGCCGAGCUGCACCGAUGGACUCAGUCGCUGACCUAGUCGACGACGACGUGCCGUCGGACCCGAACUUUCUGGGGGAGACCACACGGUACCAUCCAGAGAUUGUCGAGACCCUCCUGGACGGUUCAGACUUCCUAGGUGGCGACUCGAUCGCGUCGCUCUCCAUCGCCCCGACAGACGUGGGCAACGUCACCUUCGCCGACGAAGAUGUGACGAUCCGGAUACUGGAUCCCAAAGGCAUCCAGCCGGUGCCCGAGUACUUCACCAACCCAGAGCUGACGGCACGCCCUCGCUCGGCGUUCGAGUCGUCUGCAAGCUCGUUGCGGGUAAGGAUCACCAACAUGGACUUCUCGCUGAGGCUGCAUGGAGGCUACGACUGGCUCAGCACCCGCCAGUCGAUCGAGGAAGAGGCCAGGAAGGUCCGGCGUCGUCUGCAAAAGAUCAAGCAGCUCCUGGCAGAGGGGCAGACGCCCGACGACAGCGUCGAGGCCGCGACGAGCAAUCUGCUGGGAUCCGUCCACAUUGCGCUGCCCCAGGAUCCCGCAGACAUGGACCCCGCCGAGAUGAUCGAGGCCAUGGACGAGGGCCUCGGCGAUCGUUCCGAGACCAGCUCGGUGUCCGACGCCGGUACCUGGCAGCCUAUCACCGGGCUCGGCGGCGUUGGCGGUGGCGGCUCAGUCUCGGAUGCCGAGGGGCGGAAGGGGCGCAAGCUGCAGCGAUCUCGACGGUCGAUGAUCGACUUCAACUUCCGCGGGAUCGAGGUAGAGUACGACCUGCUCGACGCCGUGGAGCGCCAUCUCUCGUCUCGGACCGCCUUCACGGCCGACACGGUCGAUAUCAUCGACAACAUCAAGACGUCCACGUGGCACGCAUUCCUUACCAGGAUGCAGGACAAGGAAGCGGCGUUCCGUCGCGACAAUGAGGCACGCAUGGUGAAGGUGGAGAUCCUCAACCUCCGCGCUGCAGGCGGCGCCGCAGCCGACGAAGAGGUGCGCAUGCGGGCCAAGAUCGAGCCCCUGCGCCUUCAUGUGGACCAGGACGCUCUCGACUUCCUCAAGCGUUUCUUUGCCUUCAAACUCCCCAACGCUCCCAGGGCGGAGGCAGAAACGGGGCUACCACCGGCCAAACCCUUCAUCCAGUAUGCCGAGGUCUACCCGGUCAAGCUCAAGCUCGACUACAAGCCGAAGCGGGUCGACUACGGCCUGCUCAAGGAGGGCAAGACGAUCGAGCUGAUGAACUUUUUCCACUUUGAGGGGUCCGAGAUGACGCUUCGCCACAUCACGCUGCGCGGCAUCGACGGCUGGGCGCGGCUCUUUGACUGCUUCAACGACAUCUGGACGCCCGACGUCAAGGCCAACCAGCUGGCCGACGUGCUGGCGGGCGUGGCGCCGAUCCGGACGCUGGUCAAUGUCGGUGCGGGCGUGGCCGACCUGGUCCUGCUGCCGAUCGAGCAAUACCAGAAGGACCGGCGGCUGAUCCGCGGCGUGCAGCGGGGAGCGACCAGCUUUGCAAAGACGACGGCGCUCGAGGCGGUCCGGCUGGGUGCGCGGCUGGCGACGGGAACCCAGGUCAUCCUCGAGCAGGCCGAGCACAUCCUCGGCGGGCGCCUCAGCCAGCCGCUGCAGGGAGAGGCCGUCGCGCCCCCGUCCGGUGCAGGGCACGCCGGGCGGCUCGGCGGCGGGGACGGCAGUAGUGCCGCCAGCGGCUCAUCGCGGCGGCGCGCUUCGGUUUCGAGCUCGGCACUCGACGACUCUGGCGACUUUGGUUCGUUGUCAUCAUCGCGCCAUUCGACGCUCGACGCCUCGGACGAGGGGCCAGACCAGUACAGCCGGUACGCCUCGCAACCAGAGGACAUCAGGGAGGCGCUGACGCAGGCCUAUGCGGGCCUGUCGAGGGGUCUGACUUCGGCGGCGCAGACGAUCCUGGCGGUACCGAUGGAGGUGUACGAGGACGGCUCGGCGUCGGGCGGCGACGGUAGCGUCGCGCGGCCCGUCGUCAAGGCUGUGCCUAUCGCCGUGCUGCGCGGGGCCAGGGGCGCCACCGAGGCGUUUGCAAAGACCCUCAUGGGCGUCCAGGCUCAGCUUGGCGAGGGCGAGUCGCCCAAUGCCGAGGGGAAGUACAAGACGAGCUCCGGCUCGAGCUCCACCGCGAGUACCAGUGCCAGUGCCAGUGCCACCGCUGCGGCUGCCGAGGCAUCGAGGAGGCAGAGGAGGGCGUGA